AUGGGUCUUCUCGAUAUCGUCCCCGCUGGUGUCAUCACUGGUGACAACCUCCGCAAGCUCUACGCCUAUGCCUCUAAGCACGCCUUCGCCAUCCCCGCCAUCAACUGCACUUCCUCCUCCACCAUUAACGCCGCUCUUGAGGCUGCCCGUGACAACAAGUCGCCCAUCAUUAUCCAGUUCUCCAACGGUGGCGCUGCCUUCUACGCCGGAAAGGGUAUUUCCAACAAGGGCGAGGCUGCCUCAAUUCUCGGUGCCGUCGCUGGUGCCCACCACGUCCGUCAGGUCGCCAAGUCCUAUGGCAUCCCCGUUAUUCUGCACUCGGACCACUGCGCCAAGAAGCUCCUCCCCUGGUUCGACGGCAUGUUGGCAGCCGAUGAGGAGUACUUUGCCAAGCACGGCGAGCCCCUCUUCUCGUCCCACAUGCUUGAUCUCUCUGAGGAUUCCAAGGAGGAGAACAUCGAGAUCUGCGUCAAGUAUCUUGAGCGCAUGGCCAAGAUCAACUGCCACCUCGAGAUGGAGAUCGGUAUCACCGGAGGCGAGGAGGAUGGUGUCGACAACUCUGAGGUCGACAACGCUUCGCUCUACACCCAGCCCCAGGACAUUCUCGAUAUCUACAACGCCUUUUCCAAGAUCACCGACCUCUUCUCGAUUGCCGCUGCUUUUGGUAACGUCCACGGUGUCUAUGCCCCCGGUAACGUCAAGCUCCACCCCGAGCUUCUCGGAAAGCACCAGGAGUUUGUCAAGAAGGAACUCGGUCUCGAGUCUGACAAGCCCGUCUGGUUCGUAUUCCACGGAGGCUCUGGUUCGACUGAGCAGGACAUUGCUACCGCUGUCAACUUUGGUGUUGUCAAGAUGAACGUUGAUACUGAUACUCAGUGGGCUUACUGGGCCGGUAUCCGCAACUUCUACGAGGCCAAGAAGGGAUACCUCCAGGGACAGGUCGGAAACCCAGAUGGUGCCAACAAGCCCAACAAGAAGUUCUACGACCCCCGUGUCUGGGUCCGCGAGGCCGAGAAGACCAUGGUCGACCGUGUCCAGCAGGCUUGCAAGGAUCUCGGCAACGUCAACGUUCUGUAA